UCGCUCCGGGGCCGCGGGAUGACGCCUCCUCCGCCCGGACGGGCCGCCCCCCGCGCGCCGCAAGCCCGCGUCUGCAGCCUGCCGCCGUCGCCGGCCCCCAGCGGGCACCCGCUGCGGCUGCUGCUGCUGCUCUGCGCGGCCGCCGCCUCCGCCCAAGGCCACCCGAAGAGCGGACCCCGCAUCGCCGCCGUCUGGAAAGGCCGUGCAGGGCAGGAUUGGCUGGACUUUGGCCAGACGGAGCCACACACGGUGCUCUUCCACGAGUCGGGUAGCCCCUUCGUGUGGGUGGGCGGACGUGGCAAGAUCUACCGCUUCAACUUCCCCACGGACGGCAAGGACGCGUCCGUGCACACGGUGAACAUCAGUUCCUCCAGGGUGUCCUGCCAGGACAAACGGGACUGUGAGAACUUCAUCACGCUCCUGGAGCCACGUAACGAUGGGCUGCUUGCAUGUGGCACCAACGCCCGGCGUCCCAGCUGCUGGAACCUGGUGAAUGGCUCUGUGGUGCCACUUGGAGAGAUGAGAGGCUAUGCCCCUUUCAGCCCAGAUGAGAACUCCCUGGUUCUAUUUGAAGGGGAUGAAGUGUACUCCACGAUCCGGAAGCAAGAGUACAACGGGAAGAUCCCUCGGUUUCGGCGGAUCCGGGGUGACAGUGAGCUAUACACCAGCGACACUGUCAUGCAGAACCCACAGUUCAUCAAAGCCACCAUUGUGCACCAGGACCAGGCCUAUGAUGACAAGAUCUACUACUUCUUCCGGGAGGACAAUCCUGACAAGAACCCUGAGGCCCCUCUCAAUGUGUCCCGCGUGGCCCAGCUGUGCAGGGGUGACCAGGGUGGCGAGAGCUCGCUGUCCGUCUCCAAAUGGAAUACCUUCCUGAAGGCCAUGCUGGUGUGCAGCGAUGCCACCACCAACAAGAAUUUCAACCGGCUGCAGGAUGUCUUCCUGCUGCCCGACCCCAGUGGCCAGUGGAAGGACACCCGGGUUUAUGGGGUCUUCUCCAACCCCUGGAACUACUCGGCCGUAUGUGUGUACUCCCUCGGUGACAUCGACAGGGUCUUCCGGGUGUCCUCUCUCAAGGGCUACCACACGAGCCUCCCCAACCCCCGGCCUGGCAAGUGUCUUCCGAACCAGCAGCCGAUCCCCACAGAGACCUUCCAGGUGGCUGACAGCCACCCUGAGGUGGCUCAGAGGGUGGAGCCCCUCGGGCCCCUGAAGACGCCGCUCUUCCACUCCAAGUACCACUACCAGAAGGUGGUCGUGCACCGCAUGCAGGCCAGCCACGGGAAGACCUUCCACGUGCUGUACCUGACCACAGACAGGGGCACCAUUCACAAGGUGGUAGAGUCGGGGGAGGGAACACACACCCUUGUCUUCAACAUCAUGGAGAUCCAGCCCUUCCACCGAGCAGCCCCCAUCCAGGCCCUGUCGCUGGACACCGAGCGGCGGAAGCUGUACGUGACCUCACAGUGGGAGGUGAGCCAGGUGCCUUUGGACCUGUGUGAGGUGUAUGGUGGGGGCUGCCAUGGCUGCCUCAUGGCCCGAGACCCCUACUGUGGCUGGGACCAGGGCCGCUGCGUUUCCAUCUACAGCUCCCAGCGGACAGUGCUGCAGUCCAUCAACCCUGCUGAGCCACACAAGGAGUGCCCCAACCCCAAGCCAGACGAGGCCCCGCUGCAGAAGGUGUCCCUGGCCCGGAACUCCCGCUACUAUCUGAGCUGCCCCAUGGAGUCCCGGCACGCCACCUACUCGUGGCGCCAUGAGGAGAGCGUGGAGCAGAGCUGCGAGCCGGGCCACCAGAGCCCCAGCUGCAUCCUGUUCAUUGAGAACCUCACGGCCCGCCAGUACGGCCACUACCGCUGCGAGGCCCAGGAGGGCUCCUACCUGCAUGAGGCCCAGCACUGGGAGCUUCUGCCCGAGGACCGCGCCCUAGCUGAGCAUCUCUUGGGCCACGGCUGCACCCUGGCCACCUCCCUCUGGUUGGGGAUCCUGCCCACACUAGCUCUAGGCCUGCUGGCCCACUAGAACCUCUAGGGUAGGGAGAGGGCUGGUGGGGAGUGGGAAGGAGGUGCCGUGUGGCUUCCCCAGUCCUUGUGGUGGACUUCUAGAAAAAAAUCUGCUCCUCAAAGGCUGCCCAACCACCUGAGAGCUCCUUGCCUGCUGCUGCUGCAUCCCCUAGGGAUGGAUGAGCCCACCGCCCCCCAUCCCACCCUGGGGAUGUCCGGCUGAGCCGCAGGCGGCUGUAGGAUCCCAUGUGGAGAGGGGAUGGCAGGGCGGGGGUCCUGGAACAUAAGGCAGUGACCUCAAGACUGCAGCACGAUAAGCCGGGAACAUUUCUCAAAAGCUUCUUAUCCCUGAUCCAGGGCAGCCAUGCCCCCAGCCAGCCCCUGGCCAGGGAGCCGGGAGUGGAAGGGACAGUGGGGGACCAUGCCUCGUCCUGAGGCUGAGGCCUGGGUCCCUCCGGACCCCCUUCCUCCAUUGCCUGCAUCCCCUGUCCCCCUAACGGCUGGGUGACCAGCCUCUCCUGCAGACCGGGCCCUCUUGGCCCAGCCAUGGGGUCGUGCCGACCGCCGGCCGGCCGCCUUGCAUGUUUAUUGAAGGAUGUUUGCUUUCCGGACGGAAGGACGGAAAAAGCUCUAUUUUUAUGUUAGACUUAUUUCAUGUAUAGCUACUUCCGACUGCAUCCGUAUGAAAAAUACCAAAAUCCCUUGCUGGGGGUGGGGGGUGGGGGCCCCGGGGAGGAAGUUGGGGGUGGGGUAGCGGAUUCUCCACUCCUCCCCAUCUGAGGCUCCCCAGGUCAGGGUUGAGGGGGGAUGGGGAGUGGGGUGGGAUGAGGGUCCAGAGACGCAAGUGGGUUCAGGGAGGGUGGCAGGUGCUGGCCCAGCCCUGGGAACUUGGACCCAGGGAACAUUGUCCGGGCCAUUCCUUCCGCUUCCCUUCCCCCACCAGGAGAGAGGUGGUUGUGGACCGGGUCAGAUGAGGAAGACAGAGCGGGACGGGUGGAGAGAAUGAGACCCUCAGUCAGUCGGUCGGUGUUGCAAACGGAGCCAAGUCCUCAGCGGGAGGUCCCAGGACUCUGCCCUUGGCGUUGGGGGUGGGGGGGCAGGGAUUGCCUCCCUACCCCUGGGCCCCCUUCCCCAGGGGCUGCGCUUCCAUGCUCCUAACCUCCCACCUUCAGCUCAGGACAUGUCAUAACUUAAGCUAAACUGUGAAAAUUCCGUGGGGACGGCCCUGUCCCACCCCUGUCCCCACCCCCUGGGCCCCCAGCCCUGUCCAUGAAUUUCAUCCGAGAGGGUGGGCCAUCCUCCAGCUGGGUCUGGCCGCCCAGGGCUGGGCCCGGGGACUGGCGGCCUUCCAGCUUCGGCCCCUGCAUCUCUUCUCAAUGCACUUUAAUAAUGUAACAUAUUACUAAUAAACGAGCUAUUUAUUUA